AUGGCGGAUGUGGAGAUUGAAGAAGUUAUGGUUUGUCCUUUACCUUUGCGAGCGGCACCUAGCAAACGAGGAAUCUUGUUCGUCAGCAUAGGUUUUCUUUCAAUAUUAUUUUGUAUGCAGCAAAUGGCUUCAGAUGCAACCAUAUGCAAAAGAAGGAGUUCAAAAUUUAAAAACAAAGAUAAAAAUGGUUGCCAUGUUCCAUUACGAGGAAAAGAAAUUCCACAAUCAGAGAGGAUACAACAUUUUAGAAAACAAUGUGAAACAUAUAACUUGCAAACUAACAAUAUAACCAAUGACGCCUUAAGUGUUUUGCAUUCGGAGAAAUACAAGUUGGCUUACAGAAUGGUUCCUAAAGUAGGAUCAACAUUCAUGAUACAAGUUUAUAAGAUUUUAACUGACAAUACAAGUGCUAAAAGAAUGUUUAAAUUAUCUCGGAACGACAUACAUGACGAUCAAGUAAGACAAAUGCGUACAAUAAUGCCUUUAGAUCAAUUAAACGCAUACACUGUCUUAAUCAUGGCGAGAAACCCAUACUCACGAUUAUAUUCAGCAUAUAUUGAUAAAGUGUAUAUUUUAAACACCUUACACUUAUGUAAAGACAUACUUUUGAAACAAACGUUUCAGAGAAUAGAGCAAAAACGUUUAUGUAAAUUUGAUAUUUCGUUCGAACAGUUUCUUGAAUACUAUUUUGAAAAUGGUGGAACUUCUGAACAAGGCCAUUAUGGUCCUAUCAUAUCACACGAUGUUGGUAGAAAAAUAUGUAGCCUUAAAAAUAUAAUGAUUGUUAAACAAGAAACGUUUUCUGAGGACAUAGAUCACGCGUUAGAUGCAGUAAAUAUGAAAGGGGUAGAGUAUGAUACAGUUCAUGGUAUUUUGCAUUCCAAAAAUAUCGAGUCAACAAUUGGUGGCAUUGUAAAGACAGUUCACGCUAAGUUUGUAUCGUUUAUACAAAGAAAUUCUUGCUUAACUUGGAAACAUAUUGCCAGGAAACUAUGGAAUUCUUUUCAAAUACAAGGAUACAUUAGUGAAAAGUCUGAAUUUCCACAAACGAAAUUCACGAAACUGAAAAACUCCAAAAGUUCAAAAUAUCUUAUCAACGUUAUAAUGCAGGAGGUGAAGAAAAAUACGUUGACACAUGAGAAAAAGAUAGAACAAAGAAACAAAGCUUUGUUGAAGGCCUAUUCGGGUGUGAACAAGAAAUAUUUACAUGCAAUACAAGAACGUUAUGAAAUGGAUUUUAAUAUGUUUCAAUAUGGUACUGACUUAAGGGAUGUAUUGAAUUAAUUUUUUCUUUUUUUAUAUAUGAAUUACUGGUUUUAUUUUUUUCUCUUAGGUUCCAAUAUAUUUCAAUUUAAUUUGAGGUAUCAAUAGUGUUUCGUUUGCUGUGUAUAAUUAAUGACAUUUCAUUAGUUACAAAUUACUGGUGUAUACUUGCAUAUAUCUGCAUU